AUGGCUUCAUCACCCCCGCGCCAGAAACGCCGCAAGGCUUCGUGCAAAGAGUUCCAAUGCACCCACGAAGGUUGCGGGAGGACAUAUUCCCGAGCCGAGCAUCUUCAGCGGCAUCAACUCAAUCACUCCCCCAAAGAGAUCUACUACUGUGACUAUCCGGAUUGCUCAUUUACUUUCGUUAGGAAAGAUCUCUAUGCGCGUCAUAAACUGAGACAUGAGAGACAGGUGCAGCAGUAUGGAAAUGGGCGCCUUUCUCAGAGGCCCCAGAAGGAGUUUUCUAAACUACCGAGGCAGCGGAGUGAGAGGUACUCGUUCAGUGAGGAUGGCUCAGCAUGGAGUGAUACACAAGAUGAAGCGAGAGAGACGCCAGCAAAAGAACGACAAGCUUCAACGACUCGAAUGUCCAUGGAUGCAUCGGCAAUUGACCCCAACAACUCGAAAGAAUUCGGGGUGGAUGGAGGACUAUCCCGACAAGACUCUGGCCAGCAAAAUGACCUAGGAAGCGCAAGUGGCUACUAUGCAGACCAACGACAACUCGAAAGUCGUGAAUCCUCGCCAGAAAAGCAGGCCAUAAGCACUUUGCCGUCCUUCCGGAUCGAUCAGAUGCCUCCUACUGACAUGUCUAUGCCUCUGGCAAGUCCUGAAUUGACUACUCGCCCGGAACGCGCUCGCACACAAUCUUAUGCCAUGCCUAAUGGACUAUCGACAUCCAAUGAACAAAUCAUGGAAGAGCAGCAUUUCGGGCUCUCACCAUCUAGCACAGAUGAAUUCACGACGUGGCUCUUCACUGGUCAAGGGCUAGGCUCCAACUACAACAAUUUCAUACCAGGAAACUUCGGCAUGGCAGGAUACUCGAACAAUUUUGGCCAGCUGUGUACGGAUUACACGGCUCAACCAGGCUUGAUGGGCGGUUCUUAUGUCGAACCUAUCAACAGCCUGUGGUUCCAGUCUGAACCAAUGGCGAUGGCUACACCGAUGGUCGAUGUAUCACAAUUUGGAAAAACUGGUCUCUCAGAGCACAAGAGGCAAUCGCUGCUUCAUUAUAUGAUGCAGCGAUUCAACGAGAUCAGUCUACAUGGAAGCAGAUCAGCCGCAGAUAUCAAGGAUGAGAUUUUUGGCAGCGAUACUGAUGCUGAGAACCAUGUUCUCAGCCACGUCAACGUUGAACGUUAUCUCAACUCAUACUGGGACAACUUCCACCACCAACUGCCCAUCCUCCACCGCCCAACAUUCAUCCCGGAAACUGCCAAUGACUUUUUGUUGCUGGCUGUCCUUAUCAUGGGAGCCUCGAUGCUGGACAAAAAGGGAGCAUCUGAAGAUUCCGUGGACAAAAUUUCAAAAUUCACCACGUUCGUCUCCUGGAACCUCCGCUGGCAGGUCUUCAUGCAUGCGGACUCUCACCCUCCUGCAAAACUCUGGGUCAUCCAGACACUCUUACUUCUGGAGGUGUACGAGAAGAUGAACGCAACUCGAGUUCUCCACGAGCGUGCCCAUAUUUACUUCCCUACAACUUUGUCGCUCAUGCGUAGAGGAAGUGCCCUCACCGGAAAGCAAUCUUCAUAUGCCUCUCGGGUUCCAACUCCGAUGGGUAGUCCUAAGAUAGGAUCCUCGAGACUAUUCCCUGGGCCAAACAAACCAGGCUUCAAUUCUUCGCCUGAAAAAUGGUGGGACCAUUGGAUCGCUCAAGAAGCUACGCGCCGAGCCGCCCUUGCUGCGUUCAUCAUUGAUGCUACACAUGCCGCUCUCUUUGGGCAUACACCGACGCUGGUGAUCCAUGAGAUCAAGCUUCCUCUUCCUUGCGACAACACUCUAUGGUCUUCAGACUCACCAUCGGAAAUUGGUUGCGUUGAGUCGAGUCUCCAUGCUAACGGCGUGACACCUAUUACUUUCCUUGACGGACUACAACGCACGCUCAAUGGGCAAAGAGUAAGAACAAGCCCGUUUGGAAGAAUUGCGCUUCUCGCAGCACUUUUAUCCGUAACAUGGCAAAUGCAUCAAAGAGAUCUGGACCGCUCAACGCUCGGGACCGACACUAUACCUGGCGUCCAAGAGCGAUGGCGCCCAAAGCUUCUAAGGGCAUUUGACUGGUGGAAGAAGGACUACGAUGAUGGUGUUGCUCAUGUCAAACACGCUGCCUUUGAUUGGCAGAGACUAGGCUUGAGCAGCAGAGGUGGAAGUGAUGAUGGUGAUGCCAUGGAGACACUUGGCACAGUCCUUUAUCAUCUUGGUCACAUUACUGUUUACAUCAGUAUGCCAGAGCUCUGUAUCUUUGCAGGUGUUCCUCAAAUCCUUGGACGCACUGUGUCUUCUGUGGACUGGAGACGAACUGAGGCUAAGAUCAAAGAAUGGGUCGCAUCGCCUGGAGCUAUUGGUGGAGUGUAUCACGCGCUCCAACUCAUCAGGCUUAUUCUUCUUCAAGAAGCGCCAAGGAGAGGCGUGACGAAGGAUGCUAGUGGUAUGGCAACUGCAUUUUCCCCAUCUACUUAUCCCAAGUACGAUGCUGGGAGCGAUAAGUUGCUAGUCAGGGCCUGGGCAUUAUACUACGCUUCUCUCGUAUUGUGGGCAUAUGGAUAUGUGCAAGAUGGAAACAUCGAGCCGUUCCCAGAUCAUCUACAAUAUCCCUCCAGCAGCUAUGGUAUACCGACGAUGGCCACCGAGGCUAGUGUUCAUUCAUCCUCAGCUCAAGGCACUAUCAACACUCCUCAGGCAUCUCAUCCAGAGCAGACGCCUAUCUCAUCACAUAUGGACUACGAGGCGUUGAAGCGUGAACGUCAUGAGGAUCUUCGAACAUAUCUCCAAAUCAUGAUCCCGCCCACCAUCGACUCUAUCAAAGCUUUCCACUUGCAUCAAAAUCAAGCUGGCGUGGUUGGAAACAGGAAUAAGAUCAUUGGUCUACUGAGUGUUGUUGACGAUGCACUGACGAACACGCGCUGGGAGCUUUUGUCUGAGGCGAGGAAUAGGUUGAAGAUGGCAGCGUCAAUGAUGCAACAGCCUCGUGAACCAAGGAUGUAA